GUGUAUUCUUGCAGCAUGAGGAUGCCUCUAUUGAAAUGUUUAAUCACCUACUGGAGAACACAGACGGCCUGAAGGACAUGAUGAGGGAGUAUGGAAUGAAAAUAGAAGGCGACGAUAAAACUGACCUGGAGUUCAUUGAGGAACUGAUCAGAGGACCUCCGAAGUGGUCGUACAAAGGUCGAAAGGAGGAAAAAUCCUUUCUCUAUGAAAUUGUGUCAAACAAGGAAACUGGGAUUGAUGUUGACAAGUUUGACUACGUUGCCAGGGACUGCCAACAGCUGGGGAUUCCGAACAGCUUUGACCAUCAGCGCUUCAUCAUGCUUGCCAGGGUGUGUGAUGUGGAGGAGGAUGGACGGAAACACAUUUGCUCUAGAGACAAAGAAAUAGAAAAUCUUUAUGACAUAUUCCACACAAGGCUCUCUAUCCACAGAAGAGCCUGCAAGCACAAGAUAAAAAUGGCUGUAGAAAUGAUGAUCAGAGAUGCCUUCUUACUAGUAGAUGACCACCCAGACUUCAAAAUUAAAAGUUCAAAAGGGGAGUGGCUUUCUCUCUCUGAAGCUAAAGGUGACAUGGAAGCAUACAUAAAGCUGACAGAUCAUGUGAUUGAAAAAAUGUGUCACCCCAAGGAGGAAAAGAAGGAAUCUUCCUCCAUGGAAGGAGGGGAGGAAGAAAAAAACUUGAAGAAGGCAACAAAGAUUCUACAGAGGGUCAUGAAACGGGACCUGUACCGCUGUGUGGGUCAAGCCAGGAAAAAAGAAGGAACAGAAAACUGGAAGGAAUUCAAGGAAAAUUUGAGAGAAGAACUGUGUAAACAGUUUCCUUAUAGGGAGGGAAAAGAUUUUGACGUUAUUCACAUCCCUUUUGACUAUGGGAUGAAAAAUAUGGACCCUCUAGAAAAAGCAUAUUUCUAUCGCAAGAAUAACCCAGAUAAAGGAGAACUAAUCCCCAAAUCAAAGGUGUCCAAGCUUCUCCUAGAUUGUUUUUCUGAUGACAUGUUUCGGGUUUACUGGAAGAACAAUGAAACCCUACAAGGGGAAGAGAGAGAAGAGAAAGAAAAAAAAGUCAAAGAAUUCUUCAAAAGGUGGUGCAAGGACAAUAACCUUGAGAUUGUAGAAGAGAGAUGAUGACGAUUACACCAACACCAGCGCUACUAGUCAAGCAACUCCAGGAAAUGACCAGCCAAUCUGAACAUGUGAAAGAUUCAGAUAUCAAGUUUUUCUGUGACUGUAGGGACUGUAGGGAUUUUUUAUAUUUUUAAUAUGGACGGUUAGAAUCAAUAAAUGUAGUUUGGGUAUUUUAAAUGUUUAAAUGUUAAAUUUACUUAAAUCUUAACUAUAUGAUUGAGACUAGAUAUGAAAUGUAAUCAGAAUAUUAAAAAUCGAAUGACUUUUAAUCAGGUUUUUGUGAGUGAUACAAACUGAUACAAACUACUUCCUUCAAAAUGUAUUAACAUGAAAUAAGCUCUUGAUAAACUAAAAUUAAUCAUCUGUUUUACUGUUUCGACCACAUAUUGCACAUUUUCACUAGAAUCAAACUAAAUAGAUUAAUACUGAUUUCAAUACAUGCAGUCUUGGAUACUGUUGUUAAUUACUCAUUGUGUGAAAUUUUUUUAUUUAUCAUGUCAAUGCUAAAUUAAAAUCUACAAAAGUUAGUCUUUCAACUGUUUUCUUGUUCUAAUUUGUUUACUGCUAAUUUCUGUUAAAUUCAAAAUAAAGCUCUCUUUCGCUUGUGUUUUGUGUCACUGUGAAGUUACAGCUCUUUCAACACAACAUUUAUCACAUUGUCCAUCCGUGGGGGGCAGCUGCCUGAAAAAGGUAAACAGAAGCCAG